AUGCUGUUACCAAGCUCCUUUAUAGUGGGGCUUGUCUUGUCCCUCAGUGGCAUUGAGAUUGCAUCUGCUGCUACCGCAAAGCUUCCCAUUGCUGAACAAUCCGCUGAGGUGGACUCCGACCUGGCGGCCAUUUACUAUGGCUCAUCCUUCCAAAAGUCUUUGCUUGUGGGCAACGAUGGAGGCGCUGCUACUGGUGGCAUUCGAUCUUUUAGCCUGGGUGAUAUGGAGGAAGUCGCCAGCCGCACGCCCGGUCGUACCAAGGUCGCUGGUGUGAUGUAUGAUGUCGGGAAGAAGGAUGUAAUUGUAUCUAUCGCUGCUCCUGAUUCGAUCAUUCGGGUCUUUGAUAUCGACGACACCACCGAGAUCCCCUUGGCAAAAACCAAAUCUCUCGGGGACUGGUCUUCUUUGUGCACGUGGCGCAGCCCCAGCAGUGGCGGAAACUACUUCUAUCUGCUUGGAAAGAAAGAGGCGAGGCAAUUCCUGGUCCGUGAGAAGGACUCUGACAUUGAGAUCCUUGAAGUCCAAAGAUUCAAGGUUCCCGUGUCAAGUUCUUGCACUGUUUCUCCCACCAACGGUACUGUCUAUCUGGCAGGUGAGGACAAGAAGAGCAUUUACACUUUCCAGGCCACAGAAUCAACGUCUGCCCCCGAGAUCAACGUCCUGGGAAAAGCUAAUGAUGAUGUGACUGGAUUGGCUGUUUACGUUGGGUCUGACUCCGACUACUUAUUUGUGGCCGAGACCGAUGUUAUCAACAUUUAUUCACCCAAACUGCGGCUCCAAGGUACCUUGACUCUUACCGGCGCCAAAGAUAUUGAACUUGCUGGUCUGUCCCUUUACCAGGCUGCUUCUACUCAGUAUCCUGAUGGAAUUCUCGGUUACUCUAUUGAGACUGAUGAUGGCGAGGGCUACGGCAUUAGCUCUUUGGAGCCAGUUUUCACUGAGCUCGGACUAGAGGCCAACACUACCUAUUCCCCACGGAGUGUUGAUUCCUCCCUACAGGGCCCGCAAGACAAUGGCUUUGUGACCCCGGGUGGCUCUCUCUCUUGUUUUGCUGGAUUCACAGGCGAAGACUGCUCAGAGUUCACAUGCCCGAACUCCUGCUCAGGCAACGGAAAGUGUGUCGGACCCAAUGAAUGCCGAUGCGAGGAUUCCUGGGCAGGUCCUGAAUGCUCUUGGGUUGGGGUUGAACCCAAAUAUGAGACUGAUGCCAACGGUGGUGAUGGCGAUGACCCCGCCAUCUGGAUCUCUCCGGUGAGUGCCAACCAGUCCACUAUCAUCACCACAACCAAAUCGGAAAAGGGUGCUGGGUUUGCUGUUUUUGAUCUUGCUGGAAAUUUGCUUCAAACCGUUUCUGCUGGAGAGCCAAACAACGUGGAUGUUAUCUAUGGCUUCGAAAUCGGUGAUCGCAAAGUCGACCUAGCCUACGCGGCAUGCCGGGAGGAUGACACACUGUGUCUCUUCGAAAUCGCUUCCAACGGAACUCUGAAAUCUAUCCCCGGUGGCUCACAGCCCGUGAAACCCGACUACACCGUCUACGGCUCCUGCACCUACCGCUCGCCAAUCAGCGGCAAACAGUAUCUCUUUGUCAAUGAAAAGUCUGGCGAGUACCUUCAAUACGAGCUGACUGCCUUGAAAAAUGGCACACUAGCCACCACUCUCGUCCGCACAUUCACUGGUGGUUCUGGUGGUCAACCCGAAGGCUGCGUCGCUGAUGAGGAAAACUCCUUCGUUUUCCUGGGCGAGGAGCCCUACGGUCUGUGGAGAUACGAUGCUGAGCCCGAUGGUUCAUCCACCGGAACCUUGGUUGCGCGUGCCGGUGAUGGCACCCUUUUUGCCGAUGUCGAGGGAGUCACACUUCUACCAGGCAAGACAGCAGAGGAAGGUUUCGUCAUCGUCUCCUGCCAGGGUGUCAGUGCAUACUCAGUGUACCGCCGUGCUGCUCCUCACGAGCAUGUCCUGACUUUCACUAUUCAAACCUCGGCAGAUGGAAGCAUUGACGCAGUGAGCAACACGGAUGGCGUAACUGCGGUUGGAACUGCUCUGAACGCCGACUUCCCACAUGGUCUGCUGGUCGUGCAUGACGAUGCGAACCAAUUGGCUGAAGGAGGUACCGCUGAACUAGCGUCAUUCAAGCUGGCCAGUAUUGUGGAUGUGUUUGGAGAGGAGGGACGGGCUCUUUUGGCCGAAGUUGAUGCUACCUGGGAUCCGCGGGCGUGA